AUGAGCUUCAGAAACGUUGUGCCCAUCGUCGUAGCUGUGGUAGCAGGCAUUUCCAUCACUAACUACACGCUGAAGCCUGAGCUCGAACGGCAGCAGAAGCUGCGUGAGCAAAGCCAGCAACUACCCAAGACCUUCUCGUCUGGUGAACCGAAGACCUCCGAAUUGCAGACCUCGAACCAAACAACAUCUCAAGCUGGCGCGGGUACAGAGAACUGGAGACCGAAAUCUUGA